AUGGAUUUCGAGGACUUGAAUACACAGGAUCAGUCUCUUAAAGAAUCAUUUCAACUUAUAUCACAAUCACGUGCAACAAUAUGUCAACAAUUACAACAGAUGGUUAAACAAACAUUAGGUUCAUCGCUUGAAUUACCAACACCAUCAUCAUCAUCGUCUCUAAGUGCUGCAGUAACUGGUCUUUUAUAUCGAUGUUGGAUUGAUUUAAAAUCUUUGAUAACUGGUGGAAAAGAUAAUAAAACAAUAUUAAAUGAAGUUAGUCGGGAAUUACGUACAGUAUUACAACAGCAAUUACAACAAAUACAGCUACAAGAUGUAGGUUAUGCUAAAAUACCCUUAAAAUGUGAACAACGAAGACAAGAUUUUUUAUUUUUAUUUAACCAAGCGCCAAAACGCAGUUUUUUAAUUUGUGUAAUAGUUAAAUAA